CUUAAAGGAUAAGUUAGAAGAAUACAUGGCUCGAUUUUCCAAAGUAAGGAUUGUUCGCACUAAAAAAAGGGAAGGGCUCAUCCGAACUCGACUUCUGGGGGCAUCUAUGGCCAGAGGAGAGGUGCUGACAUUCCUGGACUCCCACUGUGAGGUCAACGUGAACUGGCUGCCCCCACUCCUUAACCAAAUUGCACUAAACCACAAAACCAUCGUGUGUCCCAUGAUUGAUGUCAUUGACCACAAUCACUUUGGGUAUGAGGCACAAGCUGGGGACGCCAUGAGAGGAGUCUUCGACUGGGAAAUGUACUACAAAAGAAUCCCCAUCCCUCCAGAGCUCCAGAGGGCAGAUCCCAGCGACCCUUUUGAGUCUCCUGUCAUGGCCGGAGGUCUCUUUGCUGUGGAUCGAAAAUGGUUUUGGGAAUUAGGUGGGUACGAUCCAGGUUUAGAAAUCUGGGGAGGAGAACAGUAUGAAAUCUCUUUUAAGGUUUGGAUGUGUGGAGGAGAAAUGUUUGACGUUCCAUGUUCUAGAGUUGGUCAUAUCUACAGGAAGUACGUCCCUUACAAAGUUCCAUCUGGGACCAGCCUUGCAAGAAACCUGAAGCGGGUGGCUGAGACCUGGAUGGAUGAAUUUGCUGAAUACAUUUACCAACGGCGGCCUGAGUACAGACACCUCUCUACAGGGGACAUCUCUGCCCAGAAGGAGUUGCGCAAACAGCUCAAGUGCAAAGACUUCAAAUGGUUCAUGGCUGCAGUGGCCUGGGAUGUGCCUAAGUACUACCCUCCAGUGGAGCCCCCACCUGCUGCCUGGGGGGAGAUCAGAAAUGUAGCAGCAAAUCUGUGUGUGGACAGCAAGCAUGGAGCCACAGGAACUGAGCUGAGACUGGACAUCUGUGUCAAGGAUGGCUCUGAAAGGACAUGGUCUCAUGAACAGUUCUUCACCUUUGGAUGGAGAGAAGAUAUUCGACCUGGUGAACCACUGCAUACCCGAAAAUUCUGCUUUGAUGCAAUCUCACACAGUAGCCCUGUCACUCUCUAUGACUGUCAUGGCAUGAAGGGGAACCAGUUCUGGGGAUACCGGAAGGACAGAAUAUUAUUUCAUCCUGUGAGCAAUAGCUGCAUGGAUUGCAACCCCGCAGAGAAGAAGAUUUUCAUGGCCAGAUGUGACCCUCUGUCUGAGACUCAGCAGUGGAUUUUUGAACACAUCAACAUGACUGUUUUAGAAAAAAUUAACCACCAUACCAGCUCCUAGAAAAAGAGAAGGAAGAAAGAGUGAUUACCUACAAAUUAUGAGCUAUAUUUUAGCCAGCAUCUGGGUCAAAGGAGUCAGGAAUAACAUUUCCUAGAUCCAGGAACCUGGUUUAAAGAUUUGUAAAUGCCAUGUCGAAAGUAGGUUGUCCUGAAGAACUUCCUGCAUCUGAACAACUUGGCUGAGAACCUCACCAGCUGCUUCUGAGAACUCAAGACUAGUGGUUCCCUUGCUGGCCAAGGGCAAAGAUUAUUUAGGGACUUUUCAAAACAACUGCUGAGUUAAUAAAUCCUAGCAUUUCUCAGGUCAAAUCCUGCAGUAGUGAGUAGCUAUGAAUGGAUCCUAUUAACCUGGUGGGAGGGGGGAAGGAAAUAGAGUGCAUGACUGCUCUGACAACCUGAGGAUACCACAGGUUUAGAACUAGCCACACUUAAGGGUGAGCUGUACUCUUUGGUGCCAUUCUCUGACUAAGAAUGGGUUAAGCAGGUUUAACCCUUAAAAGUGCUGCAGAUGAUUUUAGAGUGCUCAUACUAUUCUGUUUUCUUUUGAAACAAGAGUGCGAUAUCUAAUACUUAAAUCACAU